AUGGGUGAGCAUAUCUACCAUGGAGCCCAAACAUGCUCUGGCACCAACCUCAGGAGAUGCCAGGAUUUAGGAGACUCCAUUCUUCUGAUUCUGGGCAGCUUCAUCUUGCUCAACGUGGGAAUCAAUGUGGUGACUCUGCUCUGGAAGCAUCUGAAGAACUCACUGAGGAUUCUUUUCCAUCAUUUUUUCCCCAAAGAUCCCAAGAACCUGUGCUCAAGAAUGCCUCCCCGAUUUCAUCGCCACCCCAAUUUCCUCCUCGGGGAUGUCAAUCACCUUGACUCUAGGAUACCAGACACAAAUGAUGAGAAUGUUUCUAGGUGCUGCUGGAUGCCACCCCAAUGUAGACAUGGCAGAGCUCCCACAGAAGCUUCAUGGGAAUUGUGGAAAGAGGGACUGAUGGGGGCUGGGGAAGUCCCUCAGACCACAUUCAUAAAGACUCAGGCUUUAUUUUUCAGGCCAGAGAUUUCUCCCCGGACUCCAAAGAUAAUCAAGCUGAACAGGGUCCCACCUCCUACACCCCAAGAGAGCAAGACUAAGGCACCAGAUGACAAUCCACCCCGUGCUCCGUCCCAGGCUCUAACCUACUCUUCAACCAACACUCAUGAGCUCCCCUCCACUCAGUCCCAGACUCAGACUUCAGAACCCACUCAGUCCAGGGCACAGGGUCUUGAGCAUACCUCAGCCCAUACCCCACCAGCCCACGCACCAGAUUUUAUCUCAGCUCCUACCCCAGCCCUCAGUGAAGCCUCAACACCAGGCAAUGCUCCAUCCUCAACCCCAUCCCAUAACCCAGCCCCCACCCCACCCUAUUCCUCAGUCCAGGACCCAACCCACAGUCAAGCCCAUACCUUGGAUCAGGCUCAGCCCCAUAUCCUGGCCCCUGUCACACUCCAGGUGCCAGUCCCACCCCAAACUCAGAGUUUAGCCCACACCCCUGAGCAAACCUCAGUCCAUACAUCACCUCAACCCCCAAUCCAGGCUCCUGCAAGUGCUUACUUCCGAUGCCAAGGCCAUGACCCAGCCCAAGCCCUAGUACACACCUUGACCCACCCCCAAGCAGAUGUCCCUGAGCAAACAGCAUCUCAAGCCUCAGCGCAUGCCCCACCCAAUUCCCUACUUCAUUCGCAUGCCCAUUCCCCAGUGCCUGGCCCAACCUCUGGCCCAGCCCCUGCCCUAGCACUAUCUAUGACCAUGACAACUACUCAGGCCUCUGCUCAAGUCCCUGUUACCAACUCUACCCCUACCAUAUCUCCUCUUCCGUCCAUGCUGGCUACCUUUGACCCCAGCUUCUCCACGGGCCAUACACUCUAUGAUGCCCGCAGAGUAAAGCAGAAUGUCUUCCUUAAGCACAACUCCCAGAACUUGAGGUGUUUCAGGAAGGACUUGAACAUCCCCUCCAGGCCCCAAGAGGUGAAGGGCCUGGUGAAUUCUGGUACUUCUGAACAAACACCAAAGCAGCAUGGUGGGGACAGUGCUGUGCCUCCUGCUGGGUCUAUACUUGGUUACCUGAAGGUGGGAAACACAGGAUGGAAGAUCUCAGAUAAUGCCGAAGACAAGUUCUCCCAGCCAAAGACCUUUCCUCACUGCAGCUUUCAUCCUUGCUGUUCUGAGAGCAUAAACAAAGACCCCCAGGCUCCAGUCUACCCCAAGUUCCUGGUCUACACCCAAGAUACCACUCCCUCUAAACCUUGUUUUCAUUCUCCAAGCACUGCUCAGAGCGUACUGCCCACCGUACCCCCACCGUGUACUCUUGCUGUGCCGCUUGUUUCUCCAAGAACAUUUGUUGUUCCUCAAUCUAAUCAUCAGAUGCCCUCCAAUUUGACACAAACCUCCACCUUUCUCUCAACCUCCAAGUCUCCUCAGACUGUCUCUUCCGCUUACUACGCUAGCCCUUCUCAGUUCACCACCACUUCUCAAACUUUAACCCAACCCCCAAACCCAGAGAAUCAAAACCUUAACCAAGGUUUUGACCUUCAAAAGACCCCAUCCCUUGCUAAGGAUUCUAGAGUUCCCAGGAAGCCAGGCCUUACCCAAGAUCCAGGUCACCAGAAGAACCCAAGCCUUACCCAAGACCCAGGACUCCAGAACCCAAGCCUUACCCAAGACCCAGGACUCCAGAAGAACCCACGCCUUAUCCCAAAUCCAGGAUGCCAGAAGAACCCAGGCCUUAUUCCAAAUCCAGGCCUUCAGAAGAACCCAGGCCUUAUCCUGAAUCCAUGUCUCCACAAGAACUCAGGUUUCUACAAGUUUCCAGCCUGUACUCAAGAUCCUUUCCUCUGCAUUAAUCCAAACGUUUCCCAGGACCCUUGCCCUCAAAAGAACCUAGAUAUCACUCAAGAUUCCAGCCUAAGGAGUUCAGCUGCUACCCAAGAUGCUGGUGUCCUUAGAAACUUAGGUUUCAUCCAACCUUCCAGGCUCCACAAGAAUAUAAUAUUCAAUCAAACAUCUGGUCAGAGGACUUUGAGCUUUAUGCAAGACUCUGUGGUCUUCAGGACUGCUUCAUUAAACCAAGAUACUGUAAUCAACAAAAAUAAAGAUCUCUCCCCAGUAACCGACCAAAAGAGGCCAGAUCCCUCUCAAGAUUGUGAAGGCAACAGUGGUUCAAGAAAUGCACAGCCUCUAGGAGUCUGCAGGAAUGUAGACCCUACUCAAGACUCCAGACCACAGAAGAGCCCAUGCCAUACCCAAGACUCUGAAAUUAACAAAAACUCGGGACUUACUCAGAAAUCUAGUUCCAAGAGCCCAGGUCUUAUCCAAGCCUCUUGCUUCCAUAAGAGCUCAGGUCUCACACAAGACUCAGGAGACUACCAGAAUUUAGGCUUUACCCAAGAUUCUGGAAUCUACAGAGUCCCAGAUCUAAACCAAGACACCGACUCCCACAAGAGUCCCUGCCCAAUCAAUGUCACCAUAGCAGAAAAAAGAUCAGAGCUUAACCAAGAUGUUGGCAUUUACAGUUCAGAGCACAGCCAAGACCCUAACCUUCAGGAAUGCCCAGCAAUUGAUCAAGACUCUGGCCGUCAUCAGAACCCAGUACCAGGCCAAGGCUCUGGUUUUAAGAUGCAAGGCUUUACCCAGCAAGCUGACCCCCUUAGGGACUCAGGCCUUACCCAGCAAGCUGGCCUCAACAAAAAAACAAGCUUUGCUCCAGGUACUGCUUCUGCCCAAGUCUUGGGCUCACUACAAGCACUAAAGAUGACAUCUUCCCCAGUGAAAUCCUUUGUAUGCAAGAUGGACAAUACAGAGCCAGUCAACCAAAGCUCCUGCCCUUCCAAGGCCCAAAUGCUCCCCCAUGACCUGAAAAGUUUUUCAGAGGUACCUGUCCUAAUUGAACUACAGCCAUCCUCCCAGAGAUUAGACAACCAAGAAUGGGCAUGCCACAGUGUAAAUACAGUUGCUUCAUCCUGCCAGAAGUAUCGCCAGACGUCUAUUCCUCACAAAAUAAACUGGAGGCCCCAUUGUCCUGGACCAAGCAACCGGACAGGUCAUGUGGUCUUUGAUUCCCGCCAUAAACAGUCAGUAACUGGCAGGGAAAAGUGUGAAGCUCUGUUUCCCAGGCGCCCUCGUCAAGAAGUAUUAAAAAACUCAGAGGAGAUCCAGAAGGAAUGGGGAUAUCAAAAUGUGAUGAAGACCUUGGAAAAAGAGGGCGCAAAUGUCCAUCAGGAAUAA